UAUAUAGACAGAGGUUGUGGGCUCACGUCUGGGGAGUCUGACAAUAAAACUUCUGUCCCAGACUUGGUGCUGGGAUCUGGGACUGGAGCCACAUCACUGAAAGAUAAUGGUGAAGGUCGGAAUCAAUGGAUUUGGCCGUAUCGGGCGUCUGGUGACUAGGGCUGCGGUCAUCUCACAGAAGGUGGACGUGGUGGCCAUUAAUGACCCCUUCCUUGACGUGAACUACAUGGUUUAUCUGUUCAAAUAUGAUUCUACCCAUGGCAAGUUCAAGGGCACUGUCAAGGCUGAGGAUGGAAAACUGGUGAUCAAUGAAAAAGUCAUUACGAUCUUCCAAGAGCGCGACCCCACCCUCAUUAAGUGGGAAGAUGCUGGAGCGGUUUACGUGGUGGAGUCCACGGGUGUCUUUACCACCAUGGAAAAGGCUGAGACGCAUUUAAAGGGUGGAGCCAAGCGGGUUAUUAUCUCUGCCCCUUCUGCUGAUGCUCCUAUGUUUGUGAUGGGAGUGAACCACGAGAAAUACGAUAAUUCCCUUCAGAUCGUCAGCAAUGCCUCCUGCACCACCAACUGCUUGGCCCCCCUGGCCAAAGUCAUUCAUGAUAAUUUUGGCAUUGUGGAAGGUCUCAUGACCACCGUCCACGCCACCACGGCCACCCAGAAGACAGUGGACGGCCCCUCCGGCAAGCUGUGGCGAGACGGCCGCGGCGCCGCACAGAACAUCAUCCCUGCUACCACUGGCGCAGCAAAGGCCGUAGGCAAGGUCAUUCCGGAGCUGAACGGGAAGCUCACGGGGAUGGCCUUCCGCGUCCCUGUUCCCGACGUGUCUGUCGUGGAUCUGACCUGCCGCCUGGAGAAAGCCGCCACAUACAGCGACAUCAAGGAGGCAGUCAAGAAGGCGGCGGAGGGACCUUUAAAGGGCAUCUUGGGGUACACCGAAGACCAGGUGGUGUCUACCGACUUCAUCACUGACACUCACUCUUCUGUCUUCGAUGCUGGGGCUGGGAUUGCCCUCAAUGAUCAUUUUGUGAAGCUCAUAUCCUGGUAUGACAAUGAGUACGGGUACAGUAACCGGGUCGUGGACCUCAUGGUCUACAUGUCCACCAAGGAGUAAAGAAGGAAGCCGCAGAUCUUCAUCUCCAGCCCAAAGGGAAGUUCUCAUGCUGGGGAUUCCUUGCCCCUAACCCUAUUUUCUCUUUCCUGGGGAUCCCAUGCCCCAUUCAUAAUCCUUGCCCCCAAAGUACCUCUAUAAUACAUGGGAGAAGCAUUAAGUUCUUUGUUAUGGAUCAUCAAUAAAGCAACCAUAUUCAGUGCAAAAAAAGAAAAAA